UUUACAGUGGCGUAGCAGCAUUUGGGCGUCAUCCCGCCCCCGCCGCGCCGUGCUGGGCGGGCGGCAACAGAGCGCCAGUCCAGUCGCUGGUACCGCCGCGAAAGCUCGCCCCAGUGAUCAGUGCUUUUAAAUCACCAAUAUGCCUGCCAGGAAUAAGGAACAAGAACAGGAAGUCCUGAACUGGAUUCAGGCGGUUAUCGGAGAGCCUCUGCCUGGUGGUGAUUACGAGGAUAUCUUGAAAAAUGGCAUCGUGCUGUGCAAACUGGCCAAUAAACUGUCGCCUGGCUCCGUUAAGAAGAUCCAGGAGAAAGGAACCAACUUCCAGCUGAUGGAAAACAUCCAAAGGUUCCAGGCUGCUAUCAAGAAGUACGGAGUCCCUGAGGAAGAAAUCUUCCAAACUGCUGAUUUGUUCGAGAAGCGUAACAUCCCCCAAGUUACUCUCUGCCUGUACGCUCUUGGCAGAAUUACCCAAAAGCACCCUGAAUGGACAGGUCCUCAACUCGGUCCCAAAAUGGCUGACAAGAAUGAGCGUACAUUCACCGAAGAACAGCUGCGUGCCCACAACGCUGAGCUGAACCUUCAGAUGGGUUACAACAAGGGCGCUUCCCAGUCCGGCCACGGCGGCUUCGGUAACACCCGCCACAUGUAACUUGUCUAUGCUUCUUUAACAAGUAUCUCAAACCAACGGCCAAAAUCAGUAUUUCUACAAGAACAGGCUAUUCCAUUCUUGUGGGUCGGAUGACUUGUGUACUUACUGGAUGUAGUUUUUGCGGUCUUCUUAUGUUUCAUGUAAUGAUAAAUUAUCAUCGAUAUUUACUAUGGAAACGGAUUAUAUCGAGUUAAUGAAAUGUCUCCUGUUGACCGCAAACGCUGUAAAGAGUCCAAAACGUCGGGAUGAAUAAAUUCAUUAUGAGUAUACGCGAUACAAUUUGUUGUCAUAGUUUUAUGUCAAGCUACAUUAUCAAUUAUAAAUAAAAAGGUUUACUAAUAAUGUAAGCUUAGUAUUAAAUGAAACUUUGAUAUUUCUACAGCCACUCCAGAGAUUGUGAAAGAUGUUAUGUAUACCUAAUACUUAAUCUAACUCGCUUUAUUUUUGUUAAGAUUUUUACAAGUAUAUGUGUAUGUAAAUAUUUAAUAUUAUUUUAUAAUAAACAUUGUUUUUAAGAACA